GAUAGAUCUACGUCUAGACGAUUCUAGAUCUAGUAGUAACUUAGUAAGUAGCUAUUCUGAGUAAUCAUGUCAUCAUCAUGUAAUGUAAUUCUCUUCUUCCAUCAACAUGAGAACAUGUCAAACGAGUAGUAAGGAAAGGAAUAUCGCUAUAUGUUCGUGAAGCCGACUUGGUUUCAUAACCUCAUCUGAAAAUGCCAUCAAAGUAGAACUUACUUUUUUUCUAGUGGCAAUUCACUAAAUCUCAAGGAAAUAUUACAUGACAUACCAGACAAGGGACAGGAUAAGUUACUUAGAUGUAGAUUUAUAGGCCUAUACAUCAUCGGAGCUGGCCUCAUUCUUUGUCUUCCAACUGAAACUGCUUUUAUAGAUGGCUAUGAUCACUAAUCAUGAAGAUCUCUACAAGAGAGGAGGUGCUGGAGAUAUUAGUAGCAUCAAGGCAUCUUCUAAAAUUACACAAAAAAGUGCCCAGUCAAAACUGCGUGAAAAGAUUAUCACCAAUAAAAGAUUUAAAGUUGAAAGUUUAGAAUUGGCUGAAGUUGUGCUUUCUGAAGUGGAGGAAAAAGAAAAGGUGGAGAACUCCAUCAAAAAGUUAAAGCAUGGGAGAAAUGUGGAAGCACUUACAACUUUAUACCGAAGCUUUGCAAGAGACUGGGCACAUGCUGAGACUUUUAUCAAGUGUGAAGGGCUUCCAUUAUUGCAGGGCUGCUUUCUUUCUACUGAUGCUGAGCUUCUCCAUGCUGCCGCCUGGUGUGCAGUUAAUCUUUCAGCUGGACAGUCAAAAGUUGUGAAAAAAGUGAUGUGCUUGUCGCCAACUCUUAUUCAGUUUUUAUCAGGAUCAGACAGAGUUAUGCAAGAAUUGUGUGCCUGGGCAUUAGCCAAUUUGGCAGGUGACUCUCAGAGAAACAAACAGAUACUCUUAGAGCAGGGAUGUGUAACUAUCCUGGUUACACUUGUAGCAACAAAGUACUAUAUGGACUUUGAGGAUCUUUUGAAGAGUGUCUUAUUUGCAUUAGUUAAUCUGGCUAAAGAUGAGACUUAUGCAUGUGUCAGGUGCAUGCAAGAAAGCUCAAUAUAUUCUCAUAUUGUAACCUUACUGACAGAUAUAUCAGCAAACUGUGAUCUUUGCUAUGAAAUAGGAUGGCUGCUGAACUGUUUAUAUUCCAGACAGGAAACGCUGACUGAAUAUUAUAAUCAACUCUCACCUGUUCUGCAUCUAAUUGUCAAUAAAUUGUCACAAUUUAUGCAAAUAGAGAAUAAAUCCCAGAGAGAAAAGGUUCUUCUUCCAUACGUUCAUUGUGUUGGGAAUAUCAUUGGACAAAAGCUAGAUCUAGCUGUUGUUCUCUGUCAGGAAGUACAGUUCUAUACCUGGAUACUUACAUGUCUUCAGUGUUCUGAUCUAUACAUACAAAGUGAAGUUUUGUGGCUGGUUAACAAUUUUAUGGUGGAGCCAAGUUGUCGUGUUUUAAUCAUCAUUCAAUCAAACAUACUAUCAGCCAUAUUUAAUUUAUGUCACAGUUCUGAUGUAGAUAUUGCACUACAGUCUCUUCAUUUGGUGCAGAUGAUGACCAAGGUGUCCACCUUCAUACUUACAUAUUUAGUACAUCAAGGUCUUGUUGGUCUAUUGAUCCUGUUAGUUACACACCAUGAUCACAGAAUCUUACAGACUACUCUUGAUCUACUUGUUCAUUUAGUGUCAGUUAUACCACAGCACAGCAGAUAAAAUCACAAAGCUGUCAAGUCACAACUGGGUCAGCGUAGACUGAAGUCAUGUGAUUCGUGAAACAUUCAAACAAACAUUAAACACUUCAGAAUUGAAUGACAUUGUCCUUAAGUAGAUUGUAGAUCUUGAUUUCAUAUCUUUCAGUCUCAGGCCUAGAAAGAAAAAUGCAUUUUCCACUGACUGAAUCAUUCCUGUUCCCCACUCUACAUUUAUUUUGGCAUUGUGUUCUCUAAAUAUCAUCAUUUCUUUGACCAACUUGUGAAUGUAAAGAAAUAGACCUAGGUGUUAUAAUAAAUGAAAAACUGUCAUGGAAUCCCCAUAUUGAUGAAACUAUCAAAAAUCAAACAAAGCAUUAGGGUUUAUUAAAAGAAAUUUAUAUAAAUCAAAUAAGAACAUAAAACUAUAAUGUUAUUUAACCUUGGUUAGGCCAAUAAUAGAAUAUGCAUCCUCUGUUUGGGACCCCUCAACUCAAGAAAACAUUAAGAAACUGGAACAGACACAAAAUAGAGCAGUGAGAUUCAUAACAAACGAAUAUUCACAUUUGACUAGAGUAACACCUUUAGUUAAAUCACUAAAUUUAGAAAGCCUUCAGGACAGAAGACGCAAAAGUAAAGUAGCAAUCAUACAUAAAACACUGAACCAUAAUCUUCAAAUACCAAAAUAAAAUUUAAUAAAAUACUCAGAAAGACACAAAGAUAAAGGCACAUUCCUCAUCCCAUAUGCUAGGACAAAUUUGUACAAAAUACUCCUUCUUCCCUAGUGCUAUUAGAGCAUGGUAUUGGUUGCCUGAGCUAGCCAGGAAAACCAGUGACUUGGCAGAAUUUAAGUCAUUGGUUAAUAUGCAUGACUGAAUGCAUGGCGCGUAGGACGUAAUCAUCUACUUUUUUGAAGUAAUGUCUGUAUUAUAUAAGAUAAGAUAAGACAAUGGUAAAAAGUAAACCGCAAAGAAAUAGACAGUGCUAGAUCUUUUUGAAGCUAUUCACUAAGUUUUAAUUUUUUAUUUAGGCCCUUGUCUAAAGUGAAGGGGAAAUGACAUAUUGCAAAGUGAAAAUAAGUCCUUUUUUGAAAAUGAAAUAAAAUUUGCUUUUAUUAAAUUAUAUUUAUGCUUUAUAUAAAGAAUGCAGUCUCUGGUGAUGUACCAAAAAUAAAAUACAAAGGUUUGAUAGGAGCUAGCGCUAUUUGUGAAUUAGUUAAAAUCGUGUCUUAUCAAGCACCUUAGUGGUAAGUGGUAAGAGGAUCCUGUGUAUGACAUUUCAUCCCUUUACUAGUAUAACUCUUUCUCUCCAUAAUUAUUUACCACAUUCUGGUGGAAUCAACGCUGGUAUCGUCAGGAGAGAAAGAGUUAAGAGAUCUCUUGAUUUGAUACAUAAGCCAGUCAGUGAUCUUUUACAAAUGUAAUAUAUAGGUACUGAGCAUUCACUCAACUUGAUAUUCAGUCUUAAAUUUGAUUCUUAUAUAAAUGACACAAGUUUCAGUUUCUAAAAUUUAAAACUUUUGUCUGUAAAAAACUUGUGUACAUGAAAUGCUUUCUUAUUCCGUCACUCAGUAAAGCUAAGUGAUUAAAUGUCCUAAGAUGUGUUGAGAACCUGAAAAUUUGUAUCUAUUCCUGGCUUCACUUAAUUUUUUGUAAUUAUUUUUGUUAAUG